ACUGCGGGGCAGUGCGGGGGGCCCGGCGUUUCCUGCGACGAGGCUUCCACGCCAUAUUAUUUGUCGAUUGUCGAGAGUCUACCGAGGAAACGGAGCGCGUGGCGACGCAUUUCGUUUUCUGUCCGACACAGAUCCACGGUCGAGGGACUUUGGCGAUGAGCGAUAUCGAGAGAAGUGGCAGUCGCAGUGCAAGCCCCCGUCGACCACGAACUGCGGACGGUGGCCUAAGAGACUCGCGAUCGCAUUCGAGAUCGCGUAAGUCGCGCGAGCGGAAGGAGCACAAAGAGGUCAACAAAUACUCGAGGUCGCGUAGUCGAUCCGCGUCACGCGGUCGCAAGUCGUAUCGGGGCAGCAAGUAUACCGUUGGUCACCGUAGUAGCCGCAGCCGAAGUCGUUCGCCAUACCGCGGCAGUCGUUACUCCCGUAGUAGAUCUCGCUCGUACUCGCGGUCGCGGUACUCUCGCGACCGACACGUGUACCGGUCACACUCACGCAGCCCGAUGUCAUCGAGGCGGCGGCACAUUGGUAAUCGCGACAAUCCUUGCCCUUCCCGUUGCCUAGGUGUCUUCGGACUCUCAAUUUUCACGACUGAACAGCAAAUCCAACAUAUAUUCUCGCGAUAUGGCCCAGUAGAACGAGUACAGGUCGUUAUCGAUGCAAAGACUGGACGCUCUAGAGGAUUUUGCUUUGUAUAUUUCGAAUCGUCCGAGGAUGCUAAAGUGGCUAAAGACCAAUGCACCGGCAUGGAAAUUGACGGGAGACGAAUCAGAGUAGACUUCUCUAUUACGCAACGCGCUCAUACUCCUACUCCGGGAAUAUACAUGGGAAAACCUACGCAUCUGCACGACAGAAACUGGGAUGCUCCGAGACGUAGAGAAGUUAGCUACAGAGGAAGUUAUCGUCGCUCACCCAGCCCAUACUACAGCCGUCGACGUUCACGUUACGACCGCUCUAGAUCGCGCUCCUAUUCGCCGCGACGCUAUUAGUCAUGCAAGUGAUGCGAGGCCAGGUCCUUUCGGAAGAUCCGAUGAGUUUGACCCAAAUAUUUCGUCAACGGGUCAAAAUUAUUAAAUUAACAAAAUCACAUUAUAUUACUAUUCUUACCUUACCUAAUCCUGCAUCCGUAUGCAGAUAUACAAUCUCGCAAGCGUUUUAGUUACACUACUAUAAACAGUAUCUACUAUACAGUAUAUACUAUAAACACUAUUGACGAAAAGAAAAAAUGUAAAAUGUAGUAAAGUGUAGCAUACCGUUUGCACGAAAACCAGUAAGGUUAGAAUAGAUGUAAAACCUUAUUUUCAUAAGUUUAUAUCUCUUCCUCUUAAUGUUAUGAAGAUAAGGUUUCAAUUGUGUAAUAAUACAGGCUAUAAUGUGAGCUGGAAUAUAAUUGAGUGCUCGAUAUUUGUGUUGUCUCUAGCUUACAGUUGUAUUCCAGCCGUUGACUAGAAUCUUUUAAAAAAUGUGAAAAAUUCUCUCUUUAACGAAAAAAAAAAAUAAA